UUAUUUACAGAAUUCAGUAAUAGAGUUCAUGGCAGCUCGUUUGCACAUCGCGGCAAACUGCGUAAGGCCAAGAGGAUUGUGGUUAAACUAGGAAGCGCUGUGGUCACCCGUGACGAUGAAUGUGGUCUGGCUCUUGGGCGACUGGCUUCAAUUGUGGAGCAGGUGGCCAUGCUGCAGAAUCAGGGCAGGGAGAUGAUGAUCGUCACCAGUGGAGCCGUGGCUUUUGGCAAGCAGAGGUUAAGACAUGAGAUCCUUCUGUCUCAAAGCGUCCGACAGGCGCUACAUUCAGGAAACGGUCAACAUAAAGAGAUGUUUGUCCCAGCUCUGGAGGCCCGAGCCUGCGCUGCGGCUGGACAGAGUGGGCUGAUGGCUCUGUAUGAAGCCAUGUUCACUCAGUACAGCACAUGCACUGCACAGGUUCUUGUGACGAAUCUGGAUUUCCACGAUGAUGAGAAGAGGCAGAACCUCAACAGCACAUUGCAGGAGCUGCUGCACAUGAACAUCGUUCCCAUCAUCAACACCAAUGAUGCAGUGGUACCUCCACCAGAACCCAACAGUGACCUGCAGGGGGUUAUCAGCAUUAAGGACAACGACAGUCUGGCAGCGCGGCUGGCCGUGGAGAUGAAGGCUGACCUGCUCAUAGCGCUGUCCGACGUUGAAGGGCUGUUCAAUAGCCCACCUGGAACAGAUGAUGCUAAACUCCUAGACAUUUUCUACCCUGGAGACCAGCAGUCCAUCACCUACGGGACAAAGUCCAGAGUUGGGAUUGGAGGCAUGGAGGCCAAGGUUAAGGCAGCUCUUUGGGCGCUGCAAGGAGGCACCUCAGUGGUCAUUGCAAACGGCACAAACCCCAAAGUAACCGGCCAAGUAAUCACUGACAUAGUCGAGGGGAAGAAAGUGGGAACCUUCUUCUCUGAGGUCAAACCUGCUGGUCCGUCUGUGGAGGAGCAAACAGAAAUGGCCAGAAACUCAGGACGAAUCCUGGCAUCUCUUCAUCCACACCAGAGAAGCAAGAUCAUCUGCCAUCUAGCAGAGCUGCUGACGGAAAAGAAAGAUGAAAUUCUGGCUGCAAACAAGAUGGACAUGGAGAUGGCUGUCAGCGCAGGACGUUUGCCUCCAGCCAUGUUGAAGCGUCUCAGCCUGUCAUCGGCUAAGCUAAGUAGUUUAGCCGUUGGUCUGCGUCAGAUCGCCACAGCGGCUCAGGACAGCGUUGGGCGUGUGGUGCGAAGAACCAGGGUGGCUCCUGGUUUAGAGCUGGAGCAGGUCACAGUUCCCAUCGGGGUUCUUCUGGUCAUCUUUGAAGCCCGUCCUGACUGCCUGCCACAGGUCUCUGCUCUGGCAGUAGCCAGUGGGAAUGCUCUUCUGCUGAAGGGCGGCAAAGAAGCUGCCAACACCAACCGUGUCCUGCACCAGCUCACUCAGGAAGCCCUUUCUCUGCAUGGAGUCAGAGAGGCGGUACAGAUGGUGAACACUCAUGAGGAAGUAGAGGAUCUUUGCCGACUGGACAAGACGAUUGACUUGAUCAUCCCCCGAGGUUCGUCACAGCUAGUGCGGGACAUUCAGCGAGCAGCCAAGGGCAUCCCAGUCCUGGGCCACAGCGAGGGAAUCUGCCACGUCUACGUUGAUGCAGACGCUAAUGUUGAUAAAGUCAUAAAAAUCGUGAGAGACUCCAAGUGUGACUACCCAGCUGCAUGCAAUUCAAUGGAAACUUUGCUAAUUCACCGAGAAAUCCUCAGGACUCCAAUGUUUGACAAGAUAAUUGAAAUACUGCGCAAUGAACAGGUGAAGAUUCAUUCAGGCCCACGCUUUGCUUCCUACCUGACCUUCAGUCCAUCAGAAGCCAGCUCCCUUCGCACAGAGUACAGUGACUUGGAGUGUUGCUUGGAGGUGGUGGACGGCCUGCAGGAGGCUGUGGAGCAUAUACACAAGUACGGAAGCUCCCACACUGAUGUUAUCGUCACAGAAAACAAAGAGACGGCUGAGCGGUUCCUGCAGCAGCUGGACAGCGCUUGUGUUUUCUGGAAUGCUAGCUCUCGUUUUGCUGAUGGAUAUCGCUUUGGACUCGGAGCAGAGGUCGGCAUUAGCACGGCCCGUAUUCACGCCCGGGGCCCUGUGGGCCUUGAGGGACUCCUCACCACCAAGUGGAUCCUGAGAGGCGAUGGUCACACAGUGGCUGAUUUCUCUGAGAGUGGCAGCAUGAAGUAUCUCCAUGAAAACAUCCCUGUUGAGCAGAAUUUAACCGGACAGCAACUAGCGUUCAUGUUAGCUUCGUUUUUGUGUCCUGUCUCAAAAGCUCUAAUUGAUGUUUUAUGAGCUGCUUCACCAAAACUGUUAUAUUCAUUUUUUGUUCACAUACCGGUAAUUCUCAUUCAAGGGCAGAGUUUAUAAAUGUUUUAUUUUUUCCGUUGAUUCCAUGACAAUUUAGCAGCAGGCUAAAUUACCAAAGUGCCUCAAUGAAGAAUAAACAGGGUUAUUUUUGGAGUGCCACAAGGUUCAGUGCCUGGGCCAAUUCCCUUUAUUAUGUUCUUCCACUUGGUAAAAUCAUUAAAUACAUUUAAAUAU